UAAUUAGUACUAUUCCAUAUGCUUCAAGCUUAUCUAUUGCUCUGGUUCUGUGGCCUCACCUAUUCCUGUGGAAGUGCAGAAUAUGAAAUUAAUGGAGAGUGCUGUCCAAUGUGCACACCUGAGACACACGUUUAUAAACACUGCACAGAAUACGCUAAUACUGCCUGUAUAUCGUGCGCUCAAAAAACAUGGACAGGCCCAGCAGUCUCCCUGAAUGUUUGCCUUGCAGAGUGUGUGACCCAGAUUUGGGUUUAAAAACAAAGAGAGAGUGCACCCCCACCUCUGACACUGUGUGUGGGCCUCUGGAUCACCACUACUGCACUAAGACUGAUAAGGGGUGCACAUUUGCGCGGAAACACACCAUCUGCAGGCCUGGACAGUUCAUCAUAUACAACAGAACAACAUUGACUAAUACCGAAUGUGGAUACUGUCCUCAUAAAACUUUUUCAAAUGAAUACUUUUCUGCAUACUGCAAACCACACAGAGAUUGCCAGUCCUUGGGACUGACAGCAGGAACAAACACAUCGGAUAGUGAAUGUGGACCAAGAAAUAUUCCUGUUUACAUCGUCAUUGUGCCUGUGCUGCUUGCUUUAGCUGUUAUUUUAGCAAUCAUUUUCAUUUUAAGGAGCAGACGGCAAAACAUGGCACGUGAGAAAUAUUUCUCAUUUUGUGGGCCUAGUUUUUCAGUUACCUUUGAAGAACCAGAUUUAAUUUGCUCCAAGUUGGGAACAGGAAGUGAUGAAGUGAAUGAAGGGUUGCAGGGAGGGCUGGAGCCGAUCCCAGCAUGUGGGCAAGAGGCAGGAAUACACCCUGGACCGGCUGCCAUCGCAGGACCGGCUGCCAUUCACUCACGCAGUCAUGCCUGAAGGCAAUUUAUCACAAUCUUCAUGUCUUUGAACUAUGGGAGGAGACUGUAUCACAAGGAAACCCAUAGUGACAUGAAGAGAAAAUGCAUCCACACAGAAAGGUGAUCCUAAUGACAUGCAUUUUUUACUGAUGUUGAUUCAAAGGAGGAAUCUGCCAUGUCUGAAAUUAGACCUGCUUGAUCUGAGAGACAAGCUGGUGACAGUCAGAGGGAUGUGCGAUAAAUGGUUGGAGAUCCUGCAUAGUCACUGCGUGGAAUAGCUUGCCAGGCCAUGUAGUAGAGGAAAAAACUGCCUGAAGGGCCGGUGUCCCUUCAGGCAGUACAUGCCAAACAAGACUGGCAAAUAUGGCAGCAAAAUUUGGGCAGCAUGUGAUGUGAAAUUUUACAUUGCAUGGAAUAUGCAAGUCCAUACUGGAAAACCACUGGGGGUGCACCUGAGGGAAAUCUGGGGGUACUGGGGUGGGGGAUUAUGAGUGAUGGUUUGAAAGGUCAGGACAUCACAUGACAAUUUCUACUCAUCCUACCAACUUGGUGUUGCGCUACAAAACAGGAAGCUGACCAUGCUCUGAAACCCUCUCCGAACCUCCCCCUCACUAUCCAUCUUCCGCCAUGGCCUGAAGACUCAUCUCUUCAGACUAUACCUAGACUAACCACCACCACGCUGUAUUUAAAAAAAUUUUUUUUUUUAAAACCCUUUCCUGUCACUUGUUACAUGGUGCCCCAUCCCUGCACUUCUUGGUAAUUUGUAUUUGUCCUAAUACUGUAGCUUAUUCUUCUGCCUAGUUGGCUUUGCAGAUGUUAGACCAGAAUAGUGUUCAUUGUUCUCGGCUAGAAAUAGCUGUACAAUAUAAGUAAUUGUACCUUACUGAACCCGUGUUCAACAGUUGUCUACGAUCAUGAAAUGCACUUUUUUGUACGUCGCUUUGGAUAAAAGCGUCUGCCAAAUGAAAACAAAUGUAAUGUAAAAUGAGAUAGACAAUGAGCUUCUGAAUACACAGGGCAGAGCUGUGAAUCAGGUUCAAAGUCCUGACCCUUGCCUACACUGCAGUCAACAGGACAGCCCCCACCCAAUUACAGGACCUGAUUCAGUCCUACACGCCAGCUCGACCACUCCACUCUGCUGCAGCAGGGUGACUUCGACCCCCUGCCAUCCGAGUGAAUGAUUCUCGCUCGUCCCUACCAUGGAGUUUCUCCACCCUAGCCCCCCAGUGUGGGAACAAACUCCCUGUUUCUCUACAGACCACUAAGACAUUGCCCAUCUUCCGCCGUGGUCUGAAGACGUAUCUCUUCAGACUAAACCUGGACUAACUACCCCCACCCUGCAGGGCACUACCAAUCUAGGAGCACACUUAUCACUUAUAUCCUUCCACUUUGUCCUGUAGCACGUUCAUGAAAGACAUGUACCUCCUAUACCACUUUCAUAUUACAUGUACGUCUAUCCUGCACUUACAAUGCACUUGUAUGGUUAUCUUGAUAAUGUAGCUCAUUGUCAUGCCUCCUAGGUUGACUUAACAUUACUCUCUGACCUAGCCUAUGCUUACUGAGUGAACUGGUGUGUUCAUGGAUACGAAUAACUUACAUAAUGAGUAAUGUACUGUAUUGUAUCUGUGUGUUGUUCCACUUAUUGUACAUAUCACUUAUAUCCUUCCACGUUGCUCCUGUAGCACUUUCAUGUUACACAUGUGCCUCCUGUAGAACUUUCAUAUUACAUGUACCUCCAUCCUGCACUUAUACUGCACUUGUAUCCUUAUCUUGAUAAUGAGUAUUGUACCUUUUUGGACCUGUGUUUAGUAGUUGUUCCUAUGACCUUUGGUAUGCACUAAUUGUACGUCGCUUUGGAUAAAAGCGUCUGCCAAAUAAAUGUAAUGUAAUGUGAAUUCCACCAAA